CUCCCGCAACAGGAGGGCGGGGGGGUGAGCGGGCGCGCGGAGGUGGAAGGCCUCAGGGACGGUCCGCCGCGGGGGCGAGCGCGCAGGCGCGUUCCUGGGACCCGCUGCAGGCGCGAAUUCCAGCGGCUGGCGGGCGGCUGGGCUACUUCUACAUAGACAUAAUCAAUUUUUGACUAUUUGGCAACCAAGCAUCAUUAAAAUCCUCUCAAACUUCUAAUUGCGAAGAAUUGAUAACAUUUGAAGAAGUGAUAACAUUUCUCUGAACAAGAAAAGAAGUGACUGACCACAUUUUAAAAGUACUCUGGCACUGGUACUGUGUUUUCUUCCCUUCCCUAAAUUUGAAGAACUAUGGAGAAAUGGUACUUGAUGACAAUAGUGGUUUUAAUAGGACUAACAGUACGGUGGACAGUCUCUCUUAAUUCUUAUUCAGGCUGAAGUGCAAUGGCACAAUCUCGGCUCACUGCAACCUCCAUCUCUUGGGUUCAAGCGAUUCUCCUGCCUCGGCCUCCUUAGUAGCUGGGAUUACAGGUGCUGGAAAACCCCCUAUGUUUGGUGAUUAUGAAGCUCAGAGACACUGGCAGGAAAUUACUUUUAAUUUACCAGUCAAACAAUGGUAUUUUAACAGCAGUGAUAACAAUUUACAGUAUUGGGGAUUGGAUUACCCACCUCUUACAGCUUAUCAUAGUCUCCUAUGUGCAUAUAUGGCAAAGUUUAUAAAUCCAGACUGGAUUGCUCUCCAUACAUCACGUGGAUAUGAAAGUCAGGCACAUAAGCUCUUCAUGCGUUCAACAGUUUUAAUCGCUGAUCUGCUGAUUUACAUACCUGCAGUGGUUUUGUACUGCUGCUGUUUAAAAGAAAUCUCAACUAAGAAAAAGAUUGCUAAUGCAUUGUGCAUCUUGCUGUAUCCAGGCCUUAUUCUUAUAGACUAUGGACAUUUUCAAUAUAAUUCUGUGAGUCUUGGCUUUGCUUUGUGGGGUAUUCUUGGAGUAUCUUGUGACUGGGACCUGCUAGGGUCACUGGCAUUUUGUUUAGCUGUAAAUUAUAAACAGAUGGAACUUUACCACUCCUUGCCAUUUUUUUGCUUUUUACUUGGCAAGUGUUUUAAAAAAGGCCUCAAAGGAAAGGGGUUUGUGUUGCUAGUUAAGCUAGCUUGUACUGUUGUGGCUUCCUUCAUUCUCUGCUGGCUGCCAUUCUUUACAGAAAGGGAACAAACCCUGCAGGUUCUAAGAAGACUCUUCCCAGUUGAUCGUGGAUUAUUUGAGGAUAAAGUAGCCAAUAUUUGGUGCAGCUUCAAUGUCCUUCUGAAGAUUAAGGAUAUUUUGCCUCGUCACAUCCAAUUAAUAAUGAGCUUCUGUUUUACAUUUUUGAGCCUGCUUCCUGCAUGCAUAAAAUUAACACUUCAGCCCUCUUCCAAAGGAUUCAAAUUUACACUGGUUAGCUGUGCACUAUCAUUCUUUUUAUUUUCUUUCCAAGUACAUGAAAAAUCCAUUCUCUUGGUAUCAUUACCAGUCUGCUUAAUUUUAAGUGACAUUCCUUUUAUGUCUACUUGGUUUUUACUUGUGUCAACAUUUAGUAUGCUACCUCUUCUAUUGAAGGAUGAACUCCUAAUGCCCUCUGUUGUGACAACGAUGGCAUUUUUUAUAGCUUGUGUAACUUCCUUUACAAUAUUUGAAAAGACUUCUGAAGAAGAACUGCAAUUGAAAUCCUUUUCCAUUUCUGUGAGGAAAUAUCUUCCAUGUUUUACAUUUCUUUCCAGAAUUAUACAAUAUUUGUUUCUUAUUUCAGUAAUCACUAUGGUGCUUCUGACGCUGAUGACUGUCACACUGAAUCCUCCUCAGAAACUACCGGACUUAUUUUCUGUAUUGGUGUGUUUUGUAUCUUGCUUGAACUUCCUGUUCUUCUUGGUAUACUUUAACAUUAUAAUCAUGUGGGAUUCCAAAAAUAGAAGAAAUCAGAAGAAAAUCAGCUAGCUGUACUCCUAAACAAAUGUGAAAAUGUGAACAGUGCUAAAAGGUUUUGUGAACUUUUUGCUCUGUAUAAAUAAAAUUACCAUUUUGAGAAAACCAUGGAACUAUAGGAAACAGUGAAAAGUCAUGUUGUCUACACAAAAUAAAUGUAUAUGGAGAUCAAAGAUCAA